GUACUCACCAGAUGAACUGCGGUAUUUGCCAUUAAACACAGCGCUUUAUGAGCCCCCCCUGGAUCCUGAGCUCCCUGCUCUCGAUAGCGAUGGUGAUUCAGAUGAUGCCGAAGAUGGUCGAGGUGAUGAGAAACGGAAAAAUAAAGGCACUUCGGACAGCUCCUCUGGCAACGUGUCUGAGGGAGAAGGCCUUCCUGAAGGCCAGGAGGAGCCUCUGCAGGGAAGACAGAGGUCCAGGGACAAGGCUGCUCCUCCACGAAAAGAUGCUUCCAAACGUUCUGUACUGUCCAAGUCAGUUCCUGGGUACAAGGUAGAAGAAAAAAGCCCCUGA